AUGGCCCCAACAUCGAAGCCGAAGCGCCGCCACAGCCGCUCGGCACGCAAAAGGCCUUCCAAAAAGAACAAAGUCGACAAAACGCAGCCCCUCAGAUUCUCCCUCUUGCCCACCGAGAUGCGCGCCACGGUCGUCGACAACAUGUUUGCUGUCGGUGGUCGCCGUCUACUUCGUGACUUCAGCGUCACCAGUCGCGACAGUCGUGAUCUCGCCCAGAAAGAGCUGUAUCGCGAAAUCAACAUCCAGUAUGAGGUUGAGCUUUGUCAUCUUACAAGAAGUCUCAUCGAGAAUCCUCACCUCCGGAAGCUUAUCCACACCGUCCGCCUCAACGCCAAUUAUUGGUGUUUCCGCCGCCAUGAUGCUAGGCGCAUCUUCCGCGAGUGGCCUAAUGCCCCUAUCGACGAGUCCCAUCUCUCUCAAUCCGACCGUCAGCUUCUCAUUCUGCUCAGGUCUUUCUGCAGCGACAGACCUUCCGACAACAUCCAAUGCGUGUUCGGUUUAUUCCUUUUUCUCAUUGACCAAACAAAGCAUGUCGCCCUCGAUAUCGGCUACGACUGGGGUCUUUUGGACAACUUCCUGGCCGCAGGCCUCGCUUCCACCUCGUCGACAAGCCCCAACCUCGGCACAGCUCUCCUGCCGGCUAUGAAGACCCUCGAUCUCGCCACCAAACAUUAUCUGCAAAAAGCAGUCCGCACAAUCCAAGCUGAACCUUACCAUCCUUUCAAGACUCUCACUGCUUCAAUCCAUCUCCGUAAGUUCACUUUCACGGGAGACAUGGACAGAUGGAGCAACCUGGACGCCAUUGACCCCGGCAUGAAACUUCCCUUUACGACGGUCAAUCUGGUUGCCAGCUCCUGUACGGCUUCGACCCUCUCCAAGUUCCUGCGUCACUGUCCGGACCUGCAGUGCCUCGACGUUAUAUCCCAGGGUUACAAUUCGGACGUCGACACCAAUGAGUGUCUAAACACCAUCUUGACAAAAUUCUGUCCUCAGAUUAGAGAGUUGUCACUCCGCAAUGGCGGACGCUCGAGAGACUUUUUUCGGUCUUCUGCCACCCACACCAUCACUUGUCUCCCAGAGAUGACCAACCUGAAGGAGCUUCGCAUGGAGGUGGAUGCCUUUUUCGUACGCGGUUCAGAUAUCAGCACGUUCAGGCUCCCCAACAAGCUGCCAGACCAGCUGGAGAAGCUUUUCCUCGAUUGCUCCUUCGCUUUGACCCACUUCCCAUUCAACAUGCACUACACGCGGAUGACCGCCCGUAGUCCCGAGGCUAUCGCUUACAGGCAGGCAGUCGAUAACAUGAUCCAGGCUAUCUGCAAAACCCGAGAGGAUCGAUUUCCUCGACUCAACACCAUCGUCAUCGGCGCAAAGUGGGUAGCCCCUGUUCAAUGGACCAGGAUCGCCAACAAGGCUCUAUGCAAGACCGGUGCGCGCAUCAAGGUCACGAGCAGCAAAGAUAUCCAGAAGCUGUGGACCUGCUCUUGGGACGCAAUGAAGGUCUGA